UAGAGAGAAUGUAAAUAAAAGAUGUGCCUGAAAUAGCUUAAAAUGAUUCGGGCCCCCAACUAACAAAUUAGCGAAACAAACAGAUUUGAUAGUGAGAGAAGAUCAUCAUCAUCCACCCCCUCUUUUGACUUUGUUCUCGGUUUUCAAACUUUUAAAAUCUUGUUUUGGCUUUCAAGAUAAAAUGAGAGAGAAAGAGAGAAAAAGGGUAAUAACAAGUUAGCCAAAAAGAAGGAAUUAUCAACAAAGCUGAAUCUUCCUCCCUCCUUCCCUCCCGCGGCUAUGGUGUCACCUCUUUUCAUCAUUCCUCCAUUGUGUCUAUUGUAAAUCACCAAAAUCUACAACAUUCUUUAAACGCCAAAACGUAAUAAUUGUAGGAAUUCGCUGACACAAAAUGGUUGAAUUGAAAUAGUCAUGUUCUUCUUCUGGGUAUGCAUGACAUUCAAGGGAUAAAAUGUCUAUUCGGCCGCAAGACCCGGAUUCUGAUAAUGCCCAUGAGUCAGGAUCGUGUCUCUUUGACCUCUUAUGUGAGGACACUGCCAGGACUCAAAGCUGCUGCCAACGGGAAAGACAAAUAUAUUUUCCAGGUGCGCAAAAGAAGCUACAGAAUAUGUUGUCUGAACCAGGCAAUAAAUACUGUGCAGAUUGCUGCUCCACUGAUCCCAAAUGGGUGUCAUUGAAUCUAGGAGUAUUUAUAUGCAUCAAGUGUUCUGGAGUACACAGAAGCCUGGGAGUUCAUAUAUCCAAGGUUUUCUCAGUGAAGCUGGAUGAAUGGACGGAUGAACAAGUUGAUGCUUUAAUAGAGAUGGGUGGAAAUGAAGUAAGGAACAUGAAAUAUGAAGCUAAUGUCCCAGACUAUCUUAGAAAACCAAAAGCGGAUGCUCUUAUAGAAGAGCGCUUCGAUUACAUUAGGAGGAAAUACGAGACUCUACAAUUCAUAAGCUCGGAUGAGGAUGAACAUUUGGUGUGUCCGUUCCCACCCACUGGCGCCUGUUCAUCUACAGCCAAUGGAAAUCCUAAAUCAGGUCCUAAUGCGGAUGCCAAUAAGAAGAAUUUUGAGAAGCAGACAACGGGUAAUCGCAUCUAUGGAAUAGGGCAGGUCUUUCGUAACAGUUGGAGAAGGAAAGAGCCUGAACACAACAAGAAUGCGAAGAAGGGUAACACAAUGUCGAUGUCAAUGGCAGGGAUGGUGGAAUUCGUCGGGUUGAUAAAGGUUAAUGUAGUUCGCGGCACCAAUUUAGCUGUUAGGGAUGUAAUGACAAGUGAUCCUUAUGUCAUCAUCUCUUUGGGUGGUCAAUCGGUGAAGACUCGUGUGAUUAAGAAUAAUCUGAACCCUGUCUGGAACGAGCAGUUAAUGUUGUCGAUUCCUGAGCACAUUCCUCCACUGAAGCUGGUGUAUGAUAAGGACACGUUCAAAGCAGACGACUUUAUGGGGGAGGCAGAGAUAGACAUACAACCAUUGGUGGCAGCUGCUAAAGCAACAGAGAGCUCUUCGGCUGCAGAGCCAUUACAGCUUGGGAAAUGGGUAGCCAGCAAAGAGAACACUCUUCUGAGAGAUGGCGUAAUCAGCCUUGUAGAUGGGAGGAUUAAACAAGAAAUCGCUCUCCGAUUGCAAAAUGUCGAAAGGGGAAUGCUUGAAAUUGAACUUGAAUGUGUUCCUCUCACUCAAUAGUGCUGCUGCUGCUGCUGCUGGAAAUUGAACAAAUUGUUACUAAUACCUCUUUCAUCUCAAAUUCAAUUAUUUAACUUGUAACUGAUAAACCUUUUUUUCUUUUUUGUGUCAUAUGUACUUUUUUAUUCUUCAUUUCCUGUUUUGUCUUGUAAAUUUUGUAGUAGAAGAAUGUUGCAAAUUGUCUGUCAUCUAUUUACUUGAAUGAGACAUAUUCAUGAAG